GCUGUGCUUGGAUACCGCAAACAGGAUAAGCAGUGUUUCAUCUUCAUUUGUUGGCAGUAUAAAGUAAAUCCUGUGAAUUACUUUAUUUAAUUAAGAAACAUGUUGCGAAUUCGAUAAAGUUGCGUGAAUCGUCUAGAAUACUACAACAUUUUAGACUUAGUAAAAAAAACCUGAAGGGUAUAGCUAGGCAUGGUGGCGCGAAGCUUUGCGUAGGAAUUGAGUAUUGUGUUUUGUAGAAGACUUCAGAAGAAUGGUAUUGAUUUAAAAUAUUUAACAUCAUCUUGUAUGACAAUGACGAAGACAGAAAUGUAUCACGUCUAUCGCAUCUGGUUGGGAUUAGCGUGCCUCGGCGGAUUAACGUCUCUGAAUAGCGUUGAUCCAGACGAUGUUGGGACUUCCGGUGCCAACGGCGAAAACCCCGGAAGUGACGUUCAUCAAAAUGGAAUAACGGUUACGGAGAACGAGGACAGGUUAAACAUGGGUACGAAUCCCUGGGAUGCAGACGGGAGCCCCUGGGUAAGCGAGGAUGACCUCCCUUGGAGUGGGAUAGGGCGACACGGGAUCCCAAGCUCAGAUUUGUUCAGUAUUUACGAGCCCAUCUCCAACAAGUUCGGCGGGGACGCCGGUUUAGACUUGAUGGAGGGCGCCAUUGGGAGCUUCAACGCCCUCUUCAGCGCGGGAGAUCAGGACCGGAACCCGGUGGUCGUCUGCCACGAGAAAUGCCUGUGUCACGACACGGAAGUGGAUUGUUCCGCUCAGAACCUGACGUCAGUGCCCAAGGGAAUUAGCCCAGACACGAAAAAACUAGACCUGAGCAAGACAAAAAUUCGCAGCUUGAAUGUCUCAGACCUGGCGCACAUGCCGAACCUUCUGGAGCUACGUGUGGUGGGCAACAAUUUGACAUCCCUGCCAAAGAACUUGUUCAAAAAUAAUCCGUUUUUGAAGCACUUAAAUUUCCAGGGAAAUCAGUUCAAGAAGGUGCCACCAAGAACUUUCAGUAACUUGAAAUACCUGCAACAUCUUUACCUGGACUCUAACGAGAUCACCACGGUGCCAGUGACGGCCUUCCAGAACCUGACCAGGCUGAAGGUGCUGUGUCUGAACGCCAACAAGCUGGACAGGGUGCCGGUGGAAGCUCUAGCGAACCUUCGAGAACUGGAGGUCUUGACGUUAACCCUCAACUACAUUCGAAACAUCUCCGACUACUCGUUUCGAAACAACACAAAGUUGAUCGAGUUGCAGCUGUCUAACAAUCAGAUCAGUUUCAUUGGAGAUUUUGCUUUUGUUGGACUCUCAGAGCUGAAAUAUUUAUAUAUUUUUGUAAACAAUAUUCAGAAAAUUCCAUCUUCACUGAUACACCUGGGGUCCUUGCAGGAAAUAAAUUUAGAACACAACAACAUCAGCUACAUACCAGAUAAAAGUUUUCUUCUUAAGCCAAACCUGAAUACUUUGACUUUGGCCCACAAUCCUAUUCGAACAGUUUAUGAAACAGCUUUUACCAAUCUACCCGCCUUACGACAGUUGAGACUUUCAGAAGUUAAAGAUAUGGUCAGAUUCCCAAACCUGACUGGGACCCACAACCUGAAAGAGUUAAUCUUAGACAGAGCAAACCUGGUUGCUAUACCUGAUGAAAUAUGUACUACACAAAAAAAUCUCAUAUGUUUUGAUGUCCAUUCUAACGCAAUUCAGACAUUUCCCAACAUGUCUGAGUGCAGCUCUCUAGCCACGCUAAACAUGGGCAACAAUCGACUUGUCUCCUUAGCUGGACAGCCAUUCAAAGGUCUUGAGAAUUUGAUUGAUCUGACGCUUGAAAUAAAUGACAUUGAAUUCAUCCCAGAGGAUGCUUUUGUUGGUUUGGUUAAGCUGGAUUACUUAAACCUGGCAAACAAUCGAAUAAGUGCUAUACACCCUAAAGCAUUCCUGCCAUUUACCAAGUUGAGAAUAUUAAACCUGGCCAACAACCACCUCCACUACCUGCCCACUGAAGGCCUCACCCAGCUGGAGAACCUCAAGGUGUUCAACAACCGCGACCUGACAGAAUUUCCAGCCAAAGAAAAGUUCCCCAAUGUGAACAUGUUCUCGCUGGCGUAUGCUUACCACUGCUGCGACUUCAUCGACUCACAGCCUGAGGCCAGUAAGCACAGUCACAAUGAAGUUAUCAACGUUGUUGAUUUAGAUAAAAAUGCAUCUGAUCAGUUGGAUAAUAUGCAUGAUGACCAAGCUAGAGAGUUUUUAAAGUAUGUUGAAAUUCAUGGUGAAAUUUCUUCUAAACUUAUGGAAGAAUAUUUUGACAACUUGACUAAAGCACACAACAAUAAGUAUCAGCAACUUUUAACAAAUGACUUUGAUAUUACUGAUUUCCCGCUCAGUGGAUCUGACGAUAAAAAUGUAAUUGACAACUAUGUUAUCAGUAAAGCUGCAAUCUCUUGUAAGCCUAUGCCAGGACCCUUCAUGCCCUGUGAUGACCUGUUUGGGUGGUGGUCUCUCAGAUGUGGUGUCUGGUUUGUCUUCAUGUUGGCACUGCUGGGCAAUGGUGUGGUGUUCUUUGUGUCUGUCACCAGCAGAUCCAAGAUGGACGUCCCCAGGUUCCUGAUUUGUAAUUUAGCCAUGGCUGACUUUUUCAUGGGUGUUUAUCUGGGGAUUCUUGCCAUUAUUGAUGCUUCAACUCUAGGUCAGUUUAAAAAGUACGGCAUCCAGUGGCAGAUGAGUGCAGGGUGUCUGGUGGCGGGGGUGCUGGGUGUUUUGUCCAGUGAGCUCAGUGUCUUCACACUGACCGUCAUCACGCUGGAGAGGUUCUACGCCAUCACCCACGCCAUGCAGCUCAACAAAAGGCUUUCACUGAAGCAUGCUGGCUGCAUCAUGCUGGGAGGGUGGAUAUGGAGCUUUGGGCUGGCACUUUUGCCUCUGUUUGGAAUCAGUGACUACAGGAAGUUUGCCGUCUGCUUGCCCUUUGAAAUAGAAGAUGUCAUCUCCAAAAGUUAUGUCUGCUUCAUAAUGGUGUUCAAUGGCAUCUCGUUUUUCAUCAUCCUGAGCUGUUACCUUAUCAUGUACAUCAGCAUCAGGGAUUCUCAAGCCUGGAACUCAAAUGACACUAGGGUGGCUAAAAGAAUGGCUUUACUUGUCUUUACAGAUUUUCUGUGCUGGGCGCCAAUUGCUUUCCUCUCUCUGGCAGCAGCUUUUGGCAAAAACUUAAUUCACUUGAACGAGGCUAAGGUGCUGACCAUCUUCAUCCUGCCCCUGAACAGCUGUGCCAACCCAUUUCUCUACGCCUUCUUCACCAAGCAGUUUAAAAAAGAUUGUGUUUUGCUGUGUCGACGACUUGAAGAUUCCUCAAUAGCCAGGCAUUUCUCACAGGCCAGUCAGCGCCAUGUAUCGUUGUCAUGGAAACACCAGCGCAGACCUUCAGCUCUACACAGCCUGAUGGGGGAGGGCAAGUCCAAUAACAGCCAGAAUAUCUCCUCUGGGGGGAACAGCUAUGGACUGGUCAACUACAACUCAGAGAUAAGUUCUGGCAACAACAAAGACAUCAGGAAAGAAUCCAUGAAAUGUGAGAAAUAUGUCAGCACCUACCCAGGUAGAAACUGCCAGUCACGAGCAGUCAUCAGUCACAACGGUUACGCUUACAAGUACAGGCCGUGUUCAGGUGUGGAGGACGACUACUACGUGAAGAAUGGGGAUGUAAGCAGGUGUAAGGAGAGUAUGAUAGAUGAGGCUCAGAUUAUACUGCACCAAGAUUUCUACUCACACAGUGGAUCUGACACAAUGCCUAGGACGUCGGAAACAUUUGUUGAGCCUGAACUAGACAACGAGGAAUCUGGGUCAAAACAGCACGCAGCCGCUGUAUCCAUCUGCAGCGGGAACAGCCGCUCACCUUGCUGUGUGAGACACGGUGGUCAGGAUAUGGGGGAUUCAGUUGUCCAGCAUACUAAAGAAACAAACGGUGAAAUAGUGAUCGCAUCAAGUCCAGUUAGUAAGAAGGAGAAUAGAAGAAACAAACCUCACAAAAAAAGCAAGUUGGUGAAAACAAAUGAGACGAGUACUGACAAUAAAUCACACGUGAGUGUUAUCAAUGAGGAGAAUAUUUUUACAAGCAAGCUAAACGAGAACACAGCAGAAUCUGUGUCUAGCGAGGAUGUUCAAGUAUUCUUUGAUGAAUAUUUAGAAAAAAAAGCUGUGGAACAACCGAAAAUACCCAUCACGAGAAUUACUAUCAACGGGAAGGAAAUUGAAGAUCUUGAUGAUGAAAUUCAAUAUUUCCACAAGGAAGGCGCAGGACUUCGGAAAAAUGGUAUCAAUACAGAACUUAAUAAUCAGGUGGAUAAUUCAAGAGUUAGAAGACUGACGAAACAAAACAAUGUAGAAUCAAGCACGGCUAAGGUUUCUAAUGUUUCAAAAACUAUAGUGAAAGCUAGUGUGCACUCUCCCCGUGAAGCUGACACACAUGAAGAAUCACAAACGGUUCUUAAUAAUAUCGACAGUAAAGUAAUGAUUGAAAAGGAAAACAAUUCCAACUCAGAUCUUCAAGGGAAUCCCCAGUCUAAUAAAACAUGCACAUCAGGGCAUAGAAGGAGAAGCAAGCACUCAAGGAAACAUCACUGCCGUCACCAUCAUAAAGACACGCAGCCCAAGAUUAUCAUCUCCCUUCCUAAUGGUUGCAGCGUGGUGGAGGGCGGUGAUGACUCGACCCACCGCUGCUCAAGGAAGCAGAACAAAAGCUCGUGUAAAUCCCAGAGGGGGAAAUCUCUUGAUAAAAAAUUCUUCCACAGCUACGCAGCCGUGGACAAGAGCGUCCAGCUGCGGCUGUUCCAGGAGUCGAUAGCCUCCCACAGCUACAUCAGCAAGAGCAACUCUGUCGUGGAGCUGACCCAGUUCCAGCUGGACGAUGCUGCCUCUCCACAUCCACCCGUCAUCAAGCGCCACAGCCUCUCUCCCAAACACGAGGGGUUCCUGCUCCUCAGGAACAAAACCGGAGACUACGCUCUACAAAAUUUGUACCACCAGUACCACAGCGUUUACCCAGACUUUCAGUCUUACACCAGGCUUGACCGAGACCAGGAUGGGCAUUGUCCAGAUCUCCCGCCACGGCUCAGUUUUGAGAAAUAUUUUAAUACCACGCCCUCUGUAGUACCAGGGAGUUCCAUCCACGCCGCUCCAUGCGACAGACCCCACGCACAAGCCACGCCCAGCUAUAGCAGCUUCCAGGAGCCUGGGAACAAUACGGAUCAAGGUCAAGAUGGCCAUGACCCAAAUCAGGAUUCUCUAUCUUCUGCUAAGACGUCUGAAGAUAAGGAAAGCGGAUUCCAUUCUGAAGUUUAAAAUGGAUUCUGUUUUCCUCAUGAUCCAGCCAUCCAGGAAAAUGGAUCUGUGCUUAGUGCACCAAAAAACAAUGAAAACCUGGUAAUUGUUUCUGGGAUUUUCUGAAAGCCUUAUAAAUAAAAAAUUUAAAAAAGUGUGUAUAAAUCUUCAGUAGAGCAACUGUAUUCUGAGACGGAAUGUGAACACUUGCCUGAUUUGUGAUGUAAUUAAUGUAAUCAAUUUGGUACAUUAAUUAUUAUGUUUUAAAGCAAGACUUAGCUUUGUUUAAAUCAUCUCUUUGUGUUGCUUUAACAUUCAAUCAAGUACCAAAGUGGAAAAAAACUAACUAAAAUGAAUUUUAUUUUAUAUUAAGUGACAUUGGUGUGUCUAUUGUGGGAGGAAUAUGGUGCUUCAUUAUUUUUAAUAUGGGUAUGUGGAGAGUCAGGUCAUCUUUUUAAAAAUUAAAUGUGUAAGUUCCAGGCUCUGAAUUGAGUAGCAUCAUGGCUUGAUAAGGAUUUUCCCAGUUUUCUCUUCAAAUACUCCAUCAGUAAUGAGGUACAAUAGCAAACGAAACAAACUAAUUGCCAUCUGAAGAAGAGAUUCUCCAGAGAAAAUGGAGACAUAUUAUCCACACACUCACCUGGAAUUCACAAGGCAAAAGGAAAGGAAGCAGACUAAGGAAGAUCUGAAAGACACCAAAAAGAUUGGACUUCCCCUGGGGACAGUAGGAGAGACAAGCCCAGGACAGAGGCGCCUGGAGAGUUCUGGUCAGCUGCCUAUGUGCCAUGAGGUGUGACACUUUAGCCUAACCAAACCUAACCAUUUACUUUAGGCUACCUCCCUGCUAAAAAUAUUUAGUUGGCUCAGGCUCCAACUUGACUGAUAUUUUUUUUUACCAUAGAACAAAUCUGCCAGUUUCUAAUCACUUUCCCAUGUUAAUUUGUAAAAUUUUAUAACAUUUUACUUUGAAUUUAUGUUAUAUCAUGUUAACUAAUUUUUUUCUCUAAAAAUUGUAUCAAUAGCUUUCAAAAAUAUGUGCCUAAAUUAUUGUUGUUUAUUUAAUAAGUUUAUUUUCUUGAGAUUCUUGGUUGCUCACAAAAACCAACCAAUAUUUCUUUUCACAUAUUACCAUUCCAAUAACAUUUUUUUUUGUAUGAUGCAGUUUUAAGACUAAGAACAUAUUUUAAGAUGUUUAUCAAUUUCAUUAACACUUAUGCUUCAGUGUGGUAUGUGGUAAUUUGUUUGAAAUUUCAGUCCAAAUUUAUUUUUACUGUCUUGUCUCUGGUCCUCCAAAGUUAGAACAGCCAAUCAAAGCUGAAAGAGCAUUUACCAAAUAUGCGGGCAUAGUUAACAAAAAGAAUCAAUUUUUUUUUACAUCACUUAACUGUUGAUGGCGUUUUAAAAAAAAAAAUAUUGUAAAUGUCAAGUUAUUGAUUUUAAAAAUUAAAUUUAAUAAUUCUGCAACUUUUUUGAGCAAUGAUUAGGAACUCUAAUUUAAGCAACAGAGAGCUAACAUCACUUGCCUUGUUUCCCUUUCAAACCUGAUGGUCUACGGGGCAAGUGAAGUAGAGUUCACUUGUUUCUGUGACCUCGGAAUAUGAAGAGAUAGUGUGGUCAGCACUAUGCCCAGCCGCCUUUACUUUCCCUAACGUGAGUUAGGUACCCAUCAGAGUUGGGUGGACUCAGGGACGGUCUACUGACUUGAAUCCGUAUUUGAACUCGAGACUUACGGGUUAGCAGUCCAGAUCUCCACCGCUAGACCACUCCGUCCCAUGCUAACAUCACUAAAGUGUGAAAAAAUUUUUAACAAGAUGAGGACAACUUAAUAAAAAAAACUAUAGGUUAAGAGGCUGAUCAACUAGGAGGACCACACAAUGUUUAUGCUUUUUUCAUACAUCAAUUGUUCAAUGGAAAAGUAUCAGUAUUACUUGUUGCUUACAAUUUGUUAAACACCAUUCCACCUUUGUAAUUUCUUGUAGUUUAAAAAAAAAAGAUUUGUUAAGGAGUAAUUUUUAACAAUUUAUUUGUAAUUAUUUGUUGAUUCAGUUCUGUUUUCCACUGUUGAGUGUAUGCACAGGCAGAAUUUAUGCACUUUUAAAUAUUUAUUUCUAUAAUCUGGGUUACCUCCCUUGAAGACAGUUUUAAUUGUGUCCCUUUUUACACAAAAUAUUGUUUUCAUCUUCCAAACUAUUUUAAACCAUGUAACUGUCACCUGACUUUUUUGCACCCAAUUCCUCAAUGUUCAAAAUUUAGUUUGUUUCCCAUUGACAAAAAUUUAAAUGUAAUUAUUUUGCUCUAGUGGAGUGAAUGCAAGCCACACUGGAACCUGUAACUGCUAUUGAUUUUAUAAUCAAAUAAUUCUAGCCAAAAUUUCUGCAACAAUGGACUUAAUCUAAUUGGCAUUUUUGUUAAAAAUUGUUUAUUAAUAUUUAAUUAACUGCUAAAAAUGGCAUACCAGGAUAUCAAGAAAAAAAAUUUUUUUUUUUAGUUUUCAGUAUAGCAUUUAUAAUUUGUUUUAGCUUUUCAAAAAUAUCAAAUCUUUAUAAAGUCGUUUAAUACAGCUGUUAAUUAGUACAGUUCAAUAUUCAAAGUUCUAGCUGUAUAAAACUUUUCCACAUACUUUAAUAUAUCAUAGUCAUCUAUAAUCCCCACUGUACCCAAGACACAUGGGGCCGAUUAAGUAGAGUUCAAUUUAUACUACCAUGGCAUAUGGACUUUGUUUCCCUAAUGUGAGUCAGAUACCCAUCAGAGCUGGGUGGACAUUUUACAGACUGAAUCUGAACACGAGACUUUCAGGUAAGCUGUCAUAAGCUAAUUCUAUCAGGACUGAUUGAAAUCAUUUUUUAAUUUAAGUAAACAAAAUAUUUGUUUAUACAUGUGACUGACAAUUGAAGUUUUUCUUUAACUUAAUUCACUAUGAGCUAAGGAAUGUCAUGCUUUUUAUAGUUUUAAAUUUGUCUCAUUUUUCAAAACAGCACAUCAUUUUUAUACCUAUAAGUAAU